AGAAACCGGAAGUUUACAGUGCUGUCACUAAUAGUGAACGUUGCGUACUAGUUUCUAAACCUUUAAGAUAUCUGUACUUUUUAUCACUAACAAAAGUAAAAAUGUCUGAAAGAAAAGUUCUGAACAAAUAUUACCCUCCAGACUUCGAUCCGUCCAAAAUUCCUAAACUUAAACUCCCAAAAGAUCGACAGUAUGUGGUCAGAUUGAUGGCUCCAUUCAAUAUGAGGUGUAAAACAUGCGGUGAGUACAUCUACAAGGGAAAGAAGUUCAAUGCACGCAAAGAGACCGUCCAGAACGAGCACUACAUGGGACUGCCAAUCUUUCGUUUCUACAUCAAAUGUACUCGAUGUCUUGCUGAAAUAACAUUUAAGACUGACCCAGAGAACACGGAUUAUGCCAUGGAGCAUGGAGCAACACGCAACUUCCAGGCAGAGAAACUUAUUGAGGAAGAGGAAAAGAGAAUCCAUCAGGAGAGGGAAGACGAGGAGCUAAACAACCCCAUGAAGGUGCUGGAGAAUCGCACUAAGGAUUCCAAGAUGGAGAUGGAAGUUCUGGAAAACCUCCAGGAGCUGAAGGAGCUCAAUCAGAGGCAGGCACAGGUGGACUUUGAGGGAAUGAUUGAUCAGUACAGAGAACUGGAAAAACGGGAGAAGGAAAGAGAAAAAGAAGAAGAUGAGCGUGAAACAAAAGAGAUGUUGGAGCGGGUGCUCGUGAAAAGACUGAGAGACUCCGACUCUGAUUCAGAAGAAGAAGAGGAGAGCAGCAGCCAGUCAAAGAGUGCUGGUGCAGACAAGCCGACAGAUAUCCUCACCACUGAUAAACACGAGGAAGCACAGGGGUCCUCAUCCGGGGGCGUGAAGAGGGCUAAGGUAGAGAGCUGGGAGAGGAGUGUUGGGACGCUGGGAGGCAAAGGAGCUCUCAGCUCUCUGGUAGUACGAAAGAAACCAGCAGCGAUGAUCAGAAAACCGAGUACAGAGGAAGCUCCCCCUGCCUCAAAAACAGGUUCAAAGACAUCAACAACCGACACCACCAACGCUUCUAAAACCGGCACCACCCCAAAUGGGUCAUCAUCUCUCAGCCUGCUGGGGGCGUAUUCAGACAGCGACAGCAACGAAAGCGAGUGACUGAAACCCGGCUGGCACAGAAAUAAUGCAACAGGGAACAUGAUGGAAUAGAAUUAUUUACUGAAAUUGUGUAAUUAUUGGUGGGUGUGUAUUAGAAGACAUAUUUACAUAAGUUGGGUUGUCUGCUAUCCUUUAUUGGUUAAAUCAAAUUUAGCAGAUUUCAGUUUGAAAGAGAUGAAACGUUUUUUAUUUUUAAUUUUGAUGUGAAAUAUGUGACAGAUGUUUUAUAAAAGAAAUUCUGUGUGAUGCAAAUGAAUACGAACUGUAUAACUUAGCCGUUAUUAAAAUACACUUUGUGUGUA